AUGGGUAUGAUGGAAGAACUCAAAUUUCCCCCAAAGAGGUAUAGCGAUAUAAUUGACGAGAGAGAAUGGUUACAAUUUGUAACUAGUCGUCUAAGUCCAGAGUUUCAAAUAGUGCAUCAAGAACAAAAAAACCGUGCAUUACUAAUGAAGUCAAGGCAUCGAACCUCUCGUAGAGGAAUGGCUAAUAUAAGAGAAGAUUUGAAAAAAGAACGAAAUAUUCAAAAUCCAGAGAGGUAUCAAGUUUGGCUUAGAUCGCGUGAAAAAAAUAAAGUUCUUGUGACAGAGCUAGACCGACAAAUUGCCGAAAAGAUAGAGGACGUCAAAGAAAAAGUGAUUCGUGGCGAAAUUACAGCUCAGGGUCGAGAUGACAUCUUGACUCAAGCAUUAGGGACACCAGAACACCCAGGUCGUGUUCGAGCUGGCGGGUUCACUGCGACCGUUUCCAAAAUGUUUGGAAAAAAACAUAAAACAAUGACUGCAAGAGAGGAGAUUGCUCGACUAAAAGCUGAGAUUGAAGAGCUAAAAAGACAUAAAUUUAGCACAGAAGAGGAAUUUGCUCAAAAUGAAGAAUAUAAUGAGGAAAACGAUGAGUGUGGAUACAACGAUGAAGGGCAAUUUGAUGAGGGACAAUAUUAUGAGAAUACAAGUGAUGAAGUCUAUCGACCUGCCCCCAACGCAGAUGAUCAUUUUCAUCAAACCGAAGACUAUCCUUUUGAUGAAGAUGAUGGAUCAUCAAUUUAUGAGUCUCCGCCACCACCGACCUAUGAAGUUUAUUUGUGUUCUGAUAAUAUUGACAAUGUGGUGGCUAAAGGUGUACCCAUUGUACCAAACAUGGGUAGCCAAAUUACCGUCCAUGGAAAUGUACUUGAUGAUUCAGUUGCGAGGGUUUGGCUUAUAGAUGUCUUACAAGAAGAAGCUGAGAUCCCUAUUCCCUUUGGUAACGUACGAUAUGUUGGGGACGCACGAGACACAUUCUUGCCUUGGCCUAAAAAUUUAAUUGUGGCUUGUCAGGGUCCAUCUUCAUCUAAUCACAAAUCCCUAUCUCGAAGCCCACAUUUAUCAUCAGUUGGAUCUCACGUAGUCAUCCCCGCUGAAAUAACUCAACCAGAACCUUCAAAUUGGUUAACAGAUAACCAAUGGGACAAAAUUGAUAUGAGUCUAAAAUUCAUAGUGAAGGAGUAUUAUUCCAAUAAAGGAAUAGAUGGGGUUGUACAAGUUCCCGUUGACCCGGAGUUUAUAGGAGAACGCGAGGCUAUCUUCAUCACUUCGGAAGACGUUUAUCAAGCAGCCUCCAUGGAUAAUAUUGGAUCCUCAGCUAUGCUGUUUGGUAUGAGAUGCAUUUGGGAAAGCAUGCACCCAAAUUCACGACAAUUAUAUAAAUUUUUUGACACCGAACAUCUUUCUAUUGGCAAUGAUGAAAGUAAAAACUAUACGGUGGAUCUUAUAGCCAAAUGGAUGAUGACUAUGGAUAGACGAGGCCAAAUAUAUUUCAUUCCUUGGAUUGUUGAUCGACAUUGGAUGUUGGUGCUCGUGAUGAUGCGGGGGAUGACCAUAAUUUUGGACCCUUUAAAAAAUCAUAAAUCUCCACCAAUAAUUACGGAGGUUAUGGAAAAAGCAUACGCACAAUGUUUGGAAAAUGAAUACAUCGGCACAUUUACAAAAUUGGUGAGAGGUUCUUGUCCAAAACAACCUGAAAGUCAUGAAUGUGGUUAUUAUGUACUAAGAUACAUUUAUGAUCUUGUAAAUGCACCGAAUCCAGCAGAAGUUAUCAAGAAGAAAUGGUUUGACAAAAAGCAAUUCAAUGUCAAAGAGGAUCUACUACCACUACAAAGUGAUUGGUUAGCUAGAUUAAUGCCAUUUGUUUAUGAAAACUAAAUUUUUGUAUGUAUGUAAGAUUAAAGUGCUAACUUAUAUUGGUUAGAAUGAUUAAAGUCUUUAAUUCA